CCUUCCUCUCCCUCCAUCGCGCAGCAUGUCCAGCUUCGUCACCCCCGGCCAGCAGCGCUACCUGCGCGCCUGCAUGGUCUGCUCCAUCGUCAUGACAUACAGCCGCUUCCGCGACGAAGGAUGCCCCAACUGCGAAGAAUUCUUGCACCUCAUCGGCUCGCAGGACCAGAUCGAAAGCUGCACAUCGCAGGUCUUUGAGGGUCUGAUAACGCUGGCCAACCCGGCCAAGUCGUGGGUCGCAAAAUGGCAGCGUUUGGACGGCUAUGUGCCCGGCGUGUACGCGAUCAAGGUCUCGGGCCAGCUCCCUGACGAGAUUAGGUCCUCGUUGGAGGAUGAGUACAGGAUACAAUACAUUCCGAGAGAUGGCACGCAGACCGAGGCCGAUGCUUAACGAGUCUGGAUAUUCACACGAUGAUUGGGCGUACAACAGGGGCGAAUACGGCGUUUUGGAGAUGGAAUCAAACAUUGGAAGACCAAAGAUUAAUAUAUAAAUUGUUGUUAGGUCAUUAUGGUAUCUAUGGAAACGCUACAUGCUACAAAAUACAUCCGUUCCCAUAUGCAAUCUAUACGCUAUAUCAAAAACCC